UGUAUCUCGCCGCCACCCGACUCGGGCAAGAACAUCCAUAGCAUGCCGCAACAGACCACCGGCCCCGGGGCACUCGAAGCCAGUACAAAAGCCAGAACCCGAAGCCCCAGCAGUCCAUCGCAGAAUCUGGGCGCCUCGCCACGAUCGUCGACCCCCAUACGGUUGCGCUCCGGCACAAACCCUGGUGAUGCGCCGGCUUCUCUCGAGGCUUUCGGGACAGGGCUCUCUCCUCUGCGCUCGCGGCUGGGGUCGAUGGACAGUAUCCAAGCGGAAGGAGGCGCCUUCACCAUUGUCACGCCGGACUACAGCAUCUCGGACAAGCCCAGGAUCAACGAGCUCGACGUUGGCGGCAUUACAAGGACAAAGAUAGGAAUAGCAGAGGCUCCAGGCGGCCAUAUGCAUUCGCUCGGGACGGAUAAUGCCGUGGCAAGUCCGGCGCGACGGUCCUCGAGCCCGUGUCUCCAUGUCGAUGAGAAACAGCCGCCAGAACAGGGACUGAGGAUCUUUGGGGAAAGCAAGCCGCGAAGGUCUUCGAUCGACACAAGCGUCUGCUCCUCGCUGGACGUCCUUCCUGACGAGGGCGGGGUGCGCCAGCAUCCCGGAGAGGAAUGGCGAGCAACGCCGCUGUCGAAUGCGAGGAGCAGCGGAGAAAUCUUUCGAUCAGGGCAGUUGAGUGCCAAAAAUAAGUCAGCAUGGGUAUCAGAAGCGAAACUGGCAUGGACAAGUUCAAAGAAGCCGGCAAAAGACUUUGCAGACGUCCUCAGCGUAUCUCCGAAAGAGCUUGCUAAACAAAUCGCGCUGAUGAAUGCGCAACAGUUUCGGUCCAUCAAGCUAUGCGAGUUUAGUUCCCUUGGAUGGACAGGGCCGGAAAAAAACAUCAGGGCUGCAAACAUUGUGGCCAUGACGCAACUAUUCAAUCAGGUUGCCAUCUGGACCGGCAAUGUGAUCUUGUUUUCAGAAAACGCAAAGAGGCGGCUGCAUCUGCUUUGCCAUUUUAUAGCAGUCGCUAAGUCUCUAUAUGAUGUAGGCGACUUCAACGGCGUAUACAAUAUCAUAUCCGCACUCAACUCAACCCCUAUCUACAGACUGCAAAGAACUUGGACGAUGAUCAGUCGGAAGGAAAGGGCCAUAUUCGACAAGCUUUCGGAGUUGAUGUCGCCUCUCAACAACUGCGAGUCAUAUAGGCAGAAGCUUGCCCAAGCUAAAUCCCCGUGUAUUCCAUAUCUAGGACUGUUUUUGAGUGAUCUAACGUAUCUCAACGAAGCUCUGAAAAAAGAACGAGCCCUCCCGGGCCGUGAUAGGCAGAUUCGUGAGCGAGAAGAUCAAAUGGCAGCCAUCAUCAAAGAUAUCGAAAGGUAUCAAAUCCAGGCAGUAUACGACUAUGAAGUAUCUGAGCAGUUUAUCGAGGCAAUGGAGACUGUGAAGUUUCAGCCCGACCAACAACAGUUCCAGGAGAACCGACAGUACCAGAGAUCGUACGAAAUCGAACCAAAGAUGAAAGUGGGGCAAGCUUCUGAGCCCGUCAAGAUUCAGCUCAAAGACGAAUCGGCUCCAGGCACUCUCAGCAAGCUUCAUAAGGCCCUCAGUAUCGAUACAAUGGUGAGUCGGCCGGACGAUUCUUCCGCGACGGAGAGUCCGACACCAACGGCCUCAACGCCAUUGCCUGGAAACAGCUUUUCGCUGCUCCGGUCACAAAUAGCCGCCGCAGCAGCAGCAAAGGCAAAACAACGACUCACUGACAAGCUCAGUCAUGGGUCAUCAAGUUCUGAAGGGGAAGCUAUGAGCAACUGGAGAAGACUUCGGGUUCAAAUAGCUGCAGCUGCGGCUCUGAAGGGGAAGCAACGGAGCAACUCCAACUUUGGCGAGGGAGAUGCUGCCAAGUUCGGUCUCCACCGAAAGGCAAAAAGCACAACAACAGGAAGCCCAGAAUUUCUGUCGCCAAGUAUCAAAUCGCCGUCUGCGUUGCCAUUCUAUGAUUCCGAUGACGACGAUUCCGAUAACGACGAUGACGAGAACGACGAUGAUGGGAACGACGACUCCGACCCAGACGACGACGACAGAAAAGGGUGGAUAUCACGGUUCAAGCCCUCACGCGAAAAUAGCGUGCAGAGCCAUCGGAAAGAGCCGUCCGCAUCCAAGUUCACAAAACUCACACUUCAAGUUUUCCCACAAAAGGACACGCCCCUAACCGUUGCACCUGUAGUUGGGCUGUUUUCGGAGAGCGGAAGUUGUACCGAGCUGCUCAGUGGACUCGUCAAUGUCAAGUACAUCAGCACUGCAGGGGGACAUCGCCCCGACCACAAAAAGUGGAAGAAAUUCUGGGUUGUCUUACGGGCAAGCACGCUGUCUCUCUAUUCGGUUCAGAAGAAAAACAACCUCUCCAGCAAGGUGCUCGGCAAGAUGCGUGGCGACAGGGGCGACAGGGGCGACAAAGUCGAUCGCACCGACCCCUGUUUAGAUCUCAAUAAUCAGAAUUUAGAUCAUGAAAAUAGAAAGACGCCAUCGGCCUUUGGUAUACUCCGCGAAAAAUCUGGGAAAUCAUCAACACAGAGCCAAGAGGGCUUGCAGCGAGAGAGAACAGUCGGUACAGUCAGCCCAACAACUCCUCAGCAGUAUUGUCUGAGCGCAGAUAAUCUAUCGGCGUCGGAGGGAAGGCCUCCUGCAGUGUCGAGUGGCCUCUCGAAAGGAAGGAGGGACGCUCAGAGCUCCGAGCAACUGGGUCACAUCCCACGCAAGAGGAGCCAAAAUGAAGGAGCCGAGAGACUCGCCGUCGGCUCGGUCCGAUCAACCGAAGUAGACGAAGGAGGGGCGUCAUUUUUUGGGUCGUACUAUCGAGUUCAGUCAAACAAAAUCAAGGACGUUAUCGAAAUCACCGAGAUACACGUCGAAGUUGCCACAGAUUAUCUCAAGAGGAGACACGUUAUGCGCAUAACCACCGAAAAGGGCUCAUGUGUAAUGAUGCAGGCUCAAUCUCAGGAAGAAAUGCAGAAGUGGAUCAACUCGAUUCACGGCGUAGCUGAAUGGAAACGGUUCACCUCGCAACCUCAAACGACAAAACAGGCCAGUCAGAGAGAAUAGCGCUGAGCUGCGCCACAGCAUCACUGCCCUGUUGGAGCCCCUGCAUUCAAGACCAAAGUUCACUUGUUUCUCUGGAUUAUGAAUACAUAUCCAUCCG